AUGACUGGGAAGACCCAGACCAGCAACGUGACCAACAAGAAUGACCCGCGCUCCCUCAACUCCCGCGUCUUCAUCGGCAACCUCAACACAGCCGUGGUGACCAAGGCCGACAUCGAGGCCAUCUUCGCCAAAUACGGGAAGAUUGUGGGGUGCUCGGUGCACAAGGGCUACGCCUUCGUCCAGUACGCCAGCGAGAGGAACGCCAGGGCAGCCGUGGCCGGAGAGAACGCCAGAGUCAUUGCCGGACAGUCACUAGACAUCAACAUGGCAGGAGAGCCGAAACCAUACAGGCCUAAAUUGGGGUCCAAGAGACCUCUCUCGUCGCUCUACAGUGGCUACGAGUUUGACUAUGACUACUAUAGAGACGAUUUCUACAGCAGACUCUUUGAGUACCACGGUCGUGUUGUGCCUCCAACCAGGGCUGUGAUCCCCAUCAAACGUUCGCGACUAGUUGUGCCGUCCACACGCAGAGCCAAAUGCUCCUUUCCAGUCAGAGCUUGUUCUUCCUCUUCCUCCUCCUCGUCCUCUUCCCGAGCACUCAAUGCAGGCUCCUCCAUCAUGGGCCCUAAACUGAAGACAGACCAGCUCCUAACAAUCAAAAAGGAGCUGUCACAGAUCAAGACCAAGAUUGACUCACUGCUGGGACGCCUGGAGAAAAUUGAGCGGCAACAUCGCUCAGACGCCGAGAUGCAGAGGAAACAAGAGGAGGUGUGUGAAUGUCUCCAUGGUGAUGCGGCAGACCACUCUGGGGGAGAGGAAGCAGAGGGGACAGCCGAGGUGGAGGCAGGGGAGAUGACGGACGGUGGCGAAGACGACUUUGAAGAUGAAGGCACCAGCGACAUGUUGGGAGAAAGGAAGCCUACAGUCCAUGAAGUUGGGAGAACAGAUACCAGCAACACCUUCUUGAUCAAGAAGGUGUAUUUGAAAUUAAAAGUAAAGCAAUGACAGCAGAAGAAAGAGUUUUUCAAAAUUGUUUGUUGCUUGUUUGCCUCACAUGAACAUGACCCUGAUGUGUACUUCAUCAAAAAACUGUUUAUGAAUAUUCUCAAUACUACCGCAAGAACAACUGCAAAGAGCAAUUAGUAAUUUCCUUUCAAACUGAUUGCCUUGCUGAAAAAUAAGGACAAUACAGUAUAUUGUUUGUGUAAUAUAUUAUGGUCUGUAUUGUGCUUAAAAAUAAAAUUACAUCAUCAGUCAGAUGAUCCAUGUGAGAUGCCCACCUUUGUUGUACUGCAUAUGUAUGUUCUGUUUCUGUGCAUUGAAAACUGACGAGCCACGACAGUGGCAGAGAGCUAAAUAUGAAUGUAUGAGGAUAACAUUUUCUUUGCCACUUGUUAAUUAUGUGAUUUGCUUUAUUUGUACAUUGUUUUAAAUGCACAGUACGUAAUUUAUUCACAAUGUCUGCACACAGUAUUGUAUGCAUAUCAUGUUUGUGUCAUUUGUUAUACACGAUAAGAUGCAUUCUAAAAUUCUGUUUACAUUUUGUUUAUGGUAAUCAAAAGAUGACUAUUUUUAUUAUCAGCAUGUCAAAAAUGUGGCUAAUAUGGAUCAUUUGUAUUCAUUGCAUCUGUUACAGCUAUGGAUGAUAACAGUUUUUCAAAUAAAUCCC